AUGGCAGUCACUUCGCUAAGGUAUGUGCCGAACAAUGAUGUCGAAGUAGAGUUCAACAAACAAGGGUUUAUUAUCUACAACGGCAGCAUUGCUGACUUCCAUGAAUGGGAAUUUUGGUUGCAGGCACUUUACCAGGCGACCAAGCAAGAUGAAAGAUCAGACCUCGGUAGUAAAGUCUUGGAAAGUCUGCGUGGAUAUGCUUUUCUCAUCGCAGAGGAACUUGGAAUGAGUGUGCUGAAACAAUCUGAUGCCGCAGUACAACUCAUCGAAGCUGUGCGAAACCAUGCAUUCCCGAUAAAAGAACUUGAAGCAAAGGAACUGUACAGGAUGGGAACCUCUUCCUCAGGAAUACUCUCUCGCCAGGCAGGUGAGAUGAUGACGAGCUACAUGUCGCGUCGCCACCGCUGGUGGAAGAAAUUGCAAGGCCUCGAUGAAUCGAUCCCGGUGUCAGAGACGAUCAGAGCAAAUUACUUCUCCAAGGAGCUAAUCAUUUCUAAUCUAGACAGGAAGGAGAAGUUCAUGAUUCUGACAGCUGUGAACGACAAACCGACUAUCGAGAACGUCGAAAGCACUCUUGGCAGACAGCACAACAAGAUCCACGUGUAUGAAAAGAAGACAAAGAAAGAAAAUGGAUUCAAACAAACUAGCAAACCAUUCUACAAGAAACCAUUCGCAAGCGGGAAAUCAAAAGCCUACCUCGCAGGCGAAGACUUCAUAGAGGUCGACCCUGAUGAGGGCGACGAUCUGUCAAACAAGAAUGCCGACGAUGGUGACGUCGCAUGCUUAGCUGCAGACAUCGGUGAAGCAGAAGACGUGGAGUUAGUCGAAUUGGACGUUGUUGCCGCAUUCCUUGGAAGCGAUACUUUCGAUGACAUUGGCGACUCACAGUCGCAUUCCUCGCUGAAUGCCACCAACACCGCCAGGAGUCAGUGUAGCAACCAAGAAGAUCCGAGGCAAAUGUCUCACAAUUGUCACACCGAAAACUUCGAAAUCAGCGACCCCAGCACCAGAGAGUGCAAGGCAGUACACAAGUUGCUGAAGAAACUGACCAAAGGUUCGUAUGAUCUCAGCCUCAAGGAUGACAUUCACAUGAACACAUUCCGAGACAGCCUGAGACGGAACUUCAAAUUGUUGGGAGACACCGCGACCACAACACGUUUGUAUGUGACUGCAGAAGCAUCGGAGAUCCAGCCCGAGAUCCGAACUCAGAAAGCACAUUGGUACUUUACCGGCAAACCCACCCAAUAUGACCAAGCAGAUUUCAAAAGUUCUUUGCAGAGCUGUACUGCCACACUUUCAACAUGCGGAGACGCGAACGAAACGAGCACGUCUGCCUCAUACUCUUUUGCAGAUCAGGCCGACAUCGUUCCGUUGCGGUCUCAUAUUGGAGAAACUGAGCAAGCCAAAGCAAGCUUGGACACCAUCCGUCACACUCUGGAGCAGCAGUGGUCCACUCAUGAGGACGACUGCUCGCUUGUAUCUCUGGAAGAAUCGGCAAUAAGGAGCGAGAGGAAAGGCAUGAAGACAGAGGAAGCUGAAGCAGCAUCAUCAGCGUCCGCACCUUCACAGCCAGUACCGGUGAAAGCAAUGCCACAUCCGCAAGCUGAACCUGUGGAACUACCCAAGGAUGACCGACCAGCAAUGUCGAAGCCACCUUCGACUCCACCACCGCUGAGAAAGAUCAAGUCAGAGACCAACAAGCAACCUGAAAAGCUUACAACGCCCAGAGGACGCCUUCGUGAUGUCCAGGAUUCCGAACAGGAACCUGGAAUUGAUGCCAACAAACCUCCACUCAAUUUUGGACGUCGUCGCGGAGAUCCGAGACGAGGGGUGCUAGACGUUGGCAGGCCGAAGGUCCGAAUCAAGACCAAGAUCCGAAUCAAGACCAAGAAGGAACUUGGAGCAGACCAAGUUGACUACAAAGAACCACCUCAACCACCAAAGAAGAAGUCAAAGGAAUUGAAGCAGGAGCGAAGUGAUGAUGAUCAGGAGAUGACUGGGGCACCAGCAUCACACCGCGGAAGUGUCAAACUCACUGGAAAAGCGGAGAUCGACAACGCCGUGAAAUCCAGGAGGGAAUUUCGCGAAGCCGGCAAGCCAAUGCCAGGCAGCUUAGAUUCUGAAAGACACCACGGUGAUGCAGACCACCCAGGUGCACGUCAAGACUUGACGGACAUGCACUGUGACCCAAGUGAACCUGACAAACUGCCUGCUGAAUUCCUGGACCAAGUCUUCGAUGGCCAGAGAAAGCGGAAGAAUUUCAUCGUAUGGUUGCAAAGUCCAUAUGGAGGACCUAGCAGACCUAGCAUUCGUGUCAAUGCGAAGUACGCACCAAAGAACACCUAUGUUCCAGUCCCGGACAAUCUCAUGUGGAAUCGCAAAACCACCAUGAUCCAAUGGGAAGAAAAUGGUACUUGGGAAUGUAUCGAGUACCGGACCAAGAUGCACAACUGGAAGGAAUUAUCGUACGAUUGCCACCGCAGUUUGACUUUCUCGUUACCACCCAAGUGGGACGAACAGUUAAAGACGGCAAAUGUUGAAUGCGCGAACAACAUGCCGGAACUAUCUGCCAACAACCCGGUCAUGACAAAAGCCGACCGAGGUAUCCUGAAUUCCAGGAACCGCAACCUCACGACCAGGGAUAGACUUCAUGGAAAGCCUUGA